AGGCGGGCGUCGUAGCGGCGGCGCGGUCGGGCGGCGCGGCAGAGCGCGGGCGGCGGCGGCAGGGAACGGACGGCGGCGGUGAGCGGCGGCAAACAUGUCUCUCUCCAACAAGCUCACCCUGGACAAGGUGGACGUGAAGGGCAAGCGGGUCGUCAUGAGGGUUGACUUCAAUGUUCCAAUGAAGGAUCACAAAAUAACCAAUAAUCAAAGAAUCAAGGCAGCUGUCCCUACCAUCAAGCACUGCUUGGACCAUGGAGCCAAAUCAGUGGUUUUGAUGAGUCACCUGGGCCGCCCAGAUGGAGUUCCCAUGCCUGACAAGUUCUCCUUGGCUCCAGUAGCUGUGGAGCUUAAAGCUCUCAUGGGCAGGGAGGUCAUAUUCCUGAAGGAUUGUGUUGGUCCUGAGGUGGAGAAGGCCUGUGCUAAUCCUGCAAACGGCUCCAUCAUCCUGCUAGAGAACCUCCGAUUUCACGUAGAAGAAGAAGGGAAGGGGAAGGAUGCUUCAGGGAACAAGAUCAAAGCUGAUGCUGCAAAAGUGGAGGCUUUCAGAGCCUCUCUUUCUAAACUGGGAGAUGUUUAUGUCAAUGAUGCUUUUGGAACUGCCCACCGUGCUCACAGCUCCAUGGUAGGUGUUCAUCUUCCUCAGAAGGCUGCUGGCUUCCUGAUGAAGAAAGAACUGGAUUAUUUUGCAAAGGCCCUUGAGAGUCCAGAGAGACCCUUCUUAGCAAUUCUUGGAGGAGCUAAAGUUCAGGAUAAAAUCCAGCUGAUCAGUAACAUGUUAGAUAAGGUCAACGAGAUGAUCAUUGGUGGUGGAAUGGCAUUCACCUUUCUCAAAGUGUUAAACAACAUGCAGAUUGGCAACUCUCUGUUUGAUGAAGAGGGAUCAAAAAUUGUCAAGGACCUGAUGGCCAAGGCAGAGAAGAACGGUGUGAAGAUUACCUUGCCUGUUGACUUCAUCACUGCAGACAAAUUCGAUGAGCAUGCACAGACUGGGGAGGCCACAGUGGCUUCUGGCAUUCCUGCUGGCUGGAUGGGUUUGGACUGUGGCCCUGAAAGUGUUAAGAAGUUCGUUGAAGUUGUGGGAAGGGCCAAACAAAUAGUGUGGAAUGGUCCAGUUGGAGUCUUUGAAUGGGACAAGUUCUCCAAAGGAACCAAAGCCUUGAUGGACAAAGUGGUGGAAGUAACUGGAAAGGGCUGCAUCACCAUUAUUGGUGGUGGAGAUACAGCUACAUGCUGUGCAAAGUGGAACACUGAAGAUAAAGUUAGCCAUGUCAGCACUGGAGGUGGUGCCAGCCUGGAACUGCUAGAGGGUAAGGUUCUUCCUGGCGUGGAUGCCUUGAGCAAUGUGUAGAGAACAGCGUUAUCACCCCCGUUCCUGUUACUGUGCACAGCCCCUGAGAUUCAGCACUUCAACACUUCUAUGCUUCUGUAUUUCAACUCUGCGAUAGGCUGAUCACAGAAUGUAAACCGAAACUGGACAGGAUUGGAGAAGACAGCAGAGAUAUCUUAUGGCUGCAGUCUACAUGAUCUGGAUUUGUUCACUCUUAUCCCACUUGAAUUAACGUAGUGCGUUUAAACUGUUGUUGUGGAUUUAGAGUGUAUAUAUUUAUAUUUUGCCUUUUCAAAGAGAUUAAUCCCUCUUAGACAUGUCUGUUUCUCAGAAAGGAGUGCACUGUGUAGCUUCUUCAAUGUUCCUAGCAGGCAUUUCCGUCACUUGACACGGUUCAGAAACAAAAGGGGACUCCAAUUUUUUGGAGGCUGAUUGUAAUAGCUGCUGAAUAAACAUAUUUAAAGUGCU